GAAUUAUGUCAGUUAAUCAGAUCAGAUUAAUUAAGAAACAUACAAAAUGAAAUUCUUGAUCGCCACCUUGUGCGCCGUUUUGGCCGCCGCUCAAGCCGGAGUCCUCGUAGCUCCAUCUGCUAACGUCAUCCAAGGACCCAGCUCCAGGAGCACCGUUGUAGGUCCAGACGGUAGUGCCAUCUCAUCCGUUGCCCCAGGUGGUCAAAUCGUGACCGACGAAAGCGUAGGUGUCGUUGCCCAAACCGCCCCCGUAGUAGCCUCACCAGUUCUGGCCCACUCCGCCCCAAUCUUGGCCCAAUCUGCUCCCCUCGUAGCCGCCGCUCCCUUGGGCAUUGACACCGUUGUUUCCGGACCAUCUGGAGUCGUUGCCGCCAGCAGAGGUUUGGCCGCUCCAUGGGCUGUAUCUCCACUUGCCGCCGUACACGGUGGGCUCAUUCUCUAAAUUCGGUUGUUGGUUUUGUAAAUAAAAUUGUAUAA